CCCGGAGCAGGCCAGCUCCCCUUCUCUGCUGCGCAGAGGCCCCGGGGGAAUUCAGGCCCGGGAGGGGACGCAGGUUCGACGGCGGAGGCAGAAUGGGACGCGGGCCUAACGGCAGGUGCCAGCAAUCGCCCUGCGGGAACUUGGUGGCGCGCCCCGUCCCUCAGUGUGGCCGCAGACUACCACCCAGCAGGGCCCCAGAACCAUGCGGAGCGCGCUCUCCCCCCGGACCCCGCCGGGCUCUUCCCGGUCGCGCAACCAGGGGCGGGGCUGAGCGCUGCGCGCGGACGUAGGGCGAGCCUAGGGCGCUACGCCACCCGGCUGGCUCCAGCAGAGCCAGGCGCUGUCUGCACCUGCCUCAGUUCAUUGUAUGCUGUUUAUCCAGCAGAUAAUUCUAAGCAAUAAUCUUUAAAAAGCAUUUGACUCCGUGUGUCUUCCUUGCAUCCUUUUUAGUUAGGAGUUUGUGGUGGGCGGGGGGAGGAACAAGAACGCCGGUUCUGAUCGGAAAACACCGAGAGAACAGACCAUCUCUUUCAGCAGCAAGGAAGACAAGCCGUCGCAGGAGCCACACAUAUCUACAACUCUUUAUUGCUUUUUGUGCAAAUUCCUAACUGUGCCUGACGUCCAUACAAACGGGCAGGCAUGGGCUGUUUGGGCAACAGCAAGACAACAGAGGACCAGGGCGUCGAUGAGAAAGAAAGACGCGAGGCCAACAAAAAGAUUGAGAAGCAGUUGCAGAAGGAGCGCCUGGCUUACAAAGCGACUCACCGCCUGCUGCUACUGGGGGCUGGUGAAUCUGGGAAAAGCACUAUCGUCAAACAAAUGAGGAUCCUGCACGUCAAUGGAUUUAAUCCUGAGGAAAAGAAGCAAAAAAUUCUGGACAUCCGGAAAAAUGUUAAAGAUGCUAUUGUGACAAUUAUUUCGGCAAUGAGUACUAUAAUACCUCCAGUUCCACUGGCCAACCCAGAAAACCAAUUUCGAUCAGACUAUAUCAAGAGUAUAGCCCCUAUCACCGACUUUGAAUAUUCCCAGGAAUUCUUUGAUCAUGUGAAGAAACUUUGGGAUGAUGAAGGCGUGAAGGCAUGCUUUGAGCGGUCCAAUGAGUAUCAGCUGAUCGACUGCGCACAGUACUUCCUGGAAAGAAUCGACAGUGUCAGCUUGGUGGACUACACCCCCACUGACCAGGACCUUCUCAGAUGCAGAGUUCUGACAUCAGGGAUUUUUGAGACACGAUUUCAAGUGGACAAAGUAAACUUCCACAUGUUUGAUGUCGGUGGCCAGAGGGAUGAGAGAAGAAAAUGGAUCCAGUGCUUUAACGAUGUCACUGCUAUCAUUUAUGUCGCCGCCUGCAGUAGCUACAACAUGGUGAUUCGGGAAGAUAACAACACCAACAGGCUGAGAGAGUCCCUGGACCUUUUCGAAAGCAUCUGGAACAACAGGUGGUUACGGACCAUUUCUAUCAUCUUGUUCUUGAACAAACAAGAUAUGCUGGCAGAAAAAGUCUUGGCAGGAAAAUCAAAAAUUGAAGAUUAUUUCCCAGAGUAUGCAAAUUAUACUGUUCCUGAAGAUGCAACACCAGAUGCAGGAGAAGAUCCCAAAGUUACAAGAGCCAAGUUCUUUAUCCGGGAUCUAUUUUUGAGGAUCAGCACAGCAACAGGGGACGGCAAACACUACUGCUACCCGCACUUCACCUGCGCUGUAGACACGGAGAACAUCCGCAGGGUGUUCAACGAUUGCCGCGACAUCAUCCAGAGGAUGCACCUCAAACAGUACGAACUCUUGUGAGGCGGCCCUGGGCUGGUGGGCGCACCUUCUCUCUGCCUGCUCUCGUCUCUCUGUUACCCCACCAGGUGGAGCAUUUACUCCUGGACUGCCUGUCAGCCCCAACCCAUGGUAGAAAGUAGUAAGUUCCCAGUGUCUUUAGGCUGCUGUUUGUCCUAUUCAGUGUGGGCUCCGUGUGUGAUCACCAAGCCUCUGGCUACCUCUGUUCCCCUCAGGUUUGGUUUGUAGCUUUUGUUUUCAUUGAACAUGACCUCCCACAGCCUCCCCACCUCCACCAAUCUGUGUCCACUCUCACUUGGGUGACACUGCAGUGAAAUCUCUCUGGGUGGGGGCCCCUUUUAUUUGUCCAUUCAGUGAUUUAGUGAUUCAUCAAGAACAAACUUGACAGAUGGGAGAAAAACGCACUUUUUUCUGAGUUGUCAAGCAUGAUUGCAGAGGCACAUGUGUAAUGUGGUGAGGCAUGGCGCUUUCCGAUUCUAGCUUUAAGAAGCUGCAGGUGGACAAGUGGCCACUCCUUCUGAUCUACAUUGGCCCAAGUCUUAGAGUAGGCCCCAAGCCACAGAGGGGAGAGAAAGCCUUUUUUCAAUAAUAUUUAAAGUCGCUGCUAGCCUCAGGCAUUUGAAUUAGAGCUACUUUGAGCCUUUUACAUUUAGGCAGAAAACAUACCACAUUCACUACUGCAAAAUAUGUCCUGUCUAAAAAUGAUUCCCUAGACUUUCAUUAUGCUUAAGCAAUUGUCUCUUUUCAUAUAUUCUUUUUGUUGUUUUAUCUCUGGUUUAUUAUACUGUACAGACCACAAAUGUACUAUUAUUUUGUAUAACUACUAAAGAAAAAUACUCGUAGAUCUUUGUGUCUUGGUUAUGGCUAUAACUGUAAAAGAAAUAUGUUGUGUUUUUUUGUGUGUGCUGAACAGCUAAAUGUCAACAUUACCUGCUGCUUGCUCUGAAAAGGAAUGAAUGAUAUCUGUAGAAUUUAGGACGUUUUAUCAGUUGGUACUUUUAAAAAUACUCCUUGAUUAUAUAUAAGUACAAGUUAAUCAUUCACAUCUUAUAAACAAUGCCGUAUUAACAUCACAAGCUUCUUUCACAGAACCAAGGAUGUUUUUUCUCUCCACACAGUAUCUUUCUCGAUUAUUUUGCUAUUUAAAGACUUUUACAGGUUUCCUGAGUGGGAAUAGGUCAACCAUUGCCACUGUCAAAGCUUUUGAACCAUUUACUUGACCACAGGUUCCAUCAUAAACAAAUAGGAAGAAAAAAGACAAAUAUAGGCAUCAACAUUUGUGUCUGCCUAGGAGAAUCAAAGAAUGGCAUCUUCAUUUGCCUUUUAAAGAAGAAACAUUACAAAACCUGUAUUUGAAAUAUAAAAUCAAAACAUAUGGCUAUUUCUCAAACUUGAAAGAUUUGCAAAUGCAGCCUCAAGUUAUUGCAUAGUAUAUCUAGAAAGCAAGAAUCUCUGUAGCAGGCACAUGUCAUAUUCUAUCCACAGUCACAGCUUUGACGGUAGUUUCCUUAGGUUAAAGAUAAUCUGUACUGAUGUUUGAAGUUAUAUUUCAACAAUACAAAUCCAGGGAAGUGACAGCCUAGCCUACAUUAUUUCAUUAAUUUCCUUUGUCUUUGUUGAGUAUUUUAAAGUUUAUAAUAUAAUCAGCAUUUUAUAAUCCUUUAUAAACUUAUCCAAUUUUAAAUACUACUUUUCCAAGAAAGGAUGACAACUUUGUAGACAAUCAGUGCAACAAACACAUAUUUUAUCUUUUUAUCCAAAUUCCUGCUCCUUUCAUCCUUAACUGUUUCAUAAAACUCUCAGUUGAACUGAGACAUACAAAGUAAAAAUUAUUUUCAGUUUCCACUGCACUUUCAAAGUAAAACAUGAAGAAAAACUGAGGAUACACUCCCAUACAUAGACAAAAAAUGAAGUUGUACGUUGUUACAUGCAUUAUUACUCAACAACUCCCCUGUUAACUAAACUUCCUAUUUAAAAGUCAAUUGCAGAAAGAGAUAGACUCUUAGAAAAAAAAAAAAGAAUACAUUUUGUCUGGCUUAAAAUUAUCAAGAUAUAUUUAUUUUUAAAUACCAAAGCCACUUCCUAGUCCAUUUUUCAAGUUCCUUUUGACCAUAGGCAUUAAAUUCAGAUUUAACAACUUGGUCUAGUGGAGAGAAAAUUACACUUAUCUAAAAAUCUGAUUCCAUUAAUUUAGCACAGAAGUACAAAAGUCUGUGUAAACUUUUCCUGCUUGUAGCAUCUGUACAUUUAUUUGCUGUGUACAGCUUUAUAAUAUUUAGGAAUUUGAGAACAACUUCGGAGGAGG